UUUGUGUUAUUUCAAGUAGAAUUAUAUAAAAUACAAACCGAAAUAAAUGUCAUAUUUAAAGAAAAAAUCCCGCCUACCUGCCGCGAUAGCAGAGGGACGCGGGUUCGAAUCCAGCCCUGGGCACUUUUACUUCGUACCUAUAUGACAUUUAUUUCAGUUUCUAAUGAUCCCAAAAUUCAUGCGUCGGCCUUUUGUCAUUAUGAAGUAAAUAGUAAUGCUUUAUUAUAUAGAAAGUAAUAUACCUAAUAAUGUCAUAAUUAUUUAUGAGAUAGCGAUAAUGAAAAAAUUGUUAUUGUAACAUAAUGUAGUAGUAAGUACCAGAUGUUAUUAUUCAAUAGAAAACAUGCAGCGCAUAGUUCAACACAUUUUAGUCGUGAUGGUUUUGUCAGCAAAUACAAAUCUGAAUGAAAGCGUUAGACAAGAGGCCCAUCAAACAAGAUAUUUGGACGAAGAUUUCAUAAAACUUAUUGAACCCUUUUUAAAAAUUCAGAAAUUAUUAGGUUUAAGUCGAGUAGAUAUCAAAGAUGGAUCAGUCACUCCACCCACAAAAUUUCACAAAUGCUAUACAAUAGUGUGGUUAAUAAUGAUGACAAUUUCUAUUUUGCAACUAAUCAUCUCGUACAGGGUUCGGUUGAUUGACAAUCGCAAAAUGUGCUACGUGUAUACCACGUGUUUUUUGUCAAUUGAAGUAGUAUUUGCCGGAUUCUUAAUUUACGCACGAUUCUGCGAUAAUGAGGGUAAUAUAAAUUUGUACCUUCAGAUGCAGAAAAUAGAUCGUAUUAUGGGGACGAAUAGACCUAUCAAUGUCAUGCUUCAGAAACGAAAUCGAGUAACUGCUUACUCUUUGGCUUUAUUUUUUGCGUUGGUGUUUCUAGCCUCGUAUAUUUUAGCCGGAGAUGAAUUUGGAAUUUUGGAACUUGUGGGAGCAACGUAUACCCUAGAAAUUGUAGCAUUGGAGUUGUGUUACUCUACAAGUCAUAUACGUUUUUUCUGCACUAGAGUGUGUCAGUUAAAUUCUCAAAUCAACAUACAUACCAGAGAGUCAAAAUAUGAUAUUGCAAUGUUGACUAAAGCAUUCGAGUCGCCCAAUCGACUUAUACCAUUGUCAACAGAUUGGCAAGAUUGUGACAACACAGACAUUUAUCUGAAAGAGAUAUUCACGGGUUUUAUGUUAUUUAAGAAGCGAUACAAUUUCCAGGUAAAUUUUUGAACAAUCGUGAUAAAAUUAACUUAAAUAGCUUUCAAAAGUUUGUUUUAAGUUUAGUUAAAAAAUUUGAGCCUGUUGAAACGUCCUAAGUAAUUCUUACUUGUUCAUAUUUUUAAGUUGCAAGUACCUACAUGUAUUAUACUUAUUUCAUAAUUAGGACUUUUUCAGAUGUUGUUAUUUUGUGCAUUUUUCGUUUUUUGGAUUCUAUUAACUUUUGAACACGGAAUUCUCUCGUUGCAAUCAGAAGAAACUGACAAGGUAAGCAGACUAUUCCUUUUUAAUUUCAUUUCGAUCCAAAUAGACACUUACCCUUAAUUAUU